UACUCCAUUUUCUGCCAUUCAUCACUCACAAUAACCACUUGCAAAUCUUUGAAUCUCAACACAAACACUUUGGUGGCCACACCUUGCACCAGCAUCAAUGGCAGCCUCACUACAAGCUGCAGCAACCUUCAUGCAACCCACCAAGGUGGGCUUAACCUCCCGCAACCUCAAAUCUUCUCAAUGCAUCUCUAAGGCUUUCGGCUUGGAACCCGCUGGACCUAAAUUCACCUGCUCUCUUCAAUCCGAUCUCAAAGACUUGGCUCAAAAAUGCGCCGACGCCACCAAGCUUGCAGGAUUCGCCCUUGCCACCUCAGCUCUCCUUGUUUCUGGAGCAAAUGCAGAGGGUGUUCCGAAGAGGCUAACCUUCGACGAAAUCCAGAGCAAGACAUAUCUGGAAGUGAAGGGGACUGGAACUGCUAACCAGUGCCCAACCAUCGAUGGUGGAGUGGACUCAUUCGCCUUCAAGCCAGGCAAAUACAACGCCAAGAAGCUGUGUCUGGAACCCACUUCCUUCACGGUGAAGGCAGAGGGUGUGGCCAAGAACGCCCCUCUCGAGUUCCAGAACACCAAGCUCAUGACCCGUCUCACCUACACCCUCGACGAGAUCGAGGGUCCCUUCGAGGUCUCACCCGACGGAACGGUGAAAUUCGAGGAGAAAGACGGGAUUGACUACGCUGCUGUGACUGUUCAGCUUCCCGGAGGAGAGCGUGUGCCGUUCCUCUUCACCAUCAAACAGUUGGUGGCCACUGGGAAACCAGAAAGCUUCAGCGGGGACUUCCUUGUUCCCUCUUACCGUGGUUCCUCUUUUUUGGACCCCAAGGGAAGGGGUGCCUCAACCGGUUAUGACAAUGCUGUUGCUUUGCCUGCUGGUGGCAGAGGAGAUGAGGAAGAGCUUGCAAAGGAGAACAACAAAAGUGCUUCAUCUUCCAAAGGGAAAAUCACCUUGAGUGUGACCAAGACCAAGCCUGAGACUGGAGAGGUUAUUGGGGUGUUCGAGAGUGUUCAGCCUUCUGAUACUGAUUUGGGGGCUAAAGCUCCUAAGGAUGUCAAGAUCCAAGGUAUCUGGUAUGCUCAGCUUGAGUCAUAGACAUGUUUUUUUAUGCUGUAAUUCUAUUUUCUUGUAACUUGUUGCGAAGCACUCAGAGCGUUACCAUGUAAGUAUAUUAUAACGACUUCGAUUAUAAUAAUGUCCAAAAUUAAAUUCUCUCUAUUUGCCUUUUGGAGAAUUCA